CGUGCUUCCGCAUUGCAUUAUUUCCAGAAGAAAUAUCUCGAAGAGAGGUUGGUUGGCGGUUGGUUGCAUGAAAUUCAGGAACGAAAAAGAGGCUUAAAAUCCCUGGAAAGUUUCAACCGUUCUUGUUUGUCGAAGUGACAAACAUUGCAUGUCACGUGCAGUACAUCCCCGCAUCGACUUAUCUUAGGUAAAUGUACAGAGCCGAUGGAUGAACCACUUGAACGGCAAGCAAGGAGACAGAAGGAAUUUUCCCUGCUCGUUGGAUUGCCUGAUAUCAUUAUUGUUAACAUCACAUUUGUACUGCUGGAACACACGGUCUUUCUGCGGAAUACCCCAGGUAUAAUAUCUUGCCUUCUCUCUCAAGCUGCGAUAUUCCCCCGCCCCCACAGGCAUCGCUGCUAUAUUUGGCUUCUCAGACGACAAUGAAAUCCCCGAAUACCCCGUAAUCGACGGUUUCCUGUUAUACGAAUAGCUGGUGUCCUAUUGAUUUAAGGGACUUUAAAAGUGCCCCUGGGGAGUAUUCCAUCUUCACUAUACCAAUUUAUGCCAUAUCUCGAUCUUCAUCGCUUCGCAUUUUCGGAAGAUCGUUCUUCGCAAGGAUAUAAAAUGUCCUCUCCAGAACCCUCUAGUGCAAAUCAAAUGCCCAAUGAGGUCAUUUCGCGGAACAAAACUGAGAUAUCAUUGAAGGAUCGCUUUUUCCGCUAUUUUCAGCAUGAGAUUACAGCUCUUCAGGAGCAGAUGGACCGUCUAGGUGACACUGCGCUAAUUGGAGGGGAGCGCACUGAUGCUAUAGAUCAUUGUCUAGCGGGGAUUGCUCGGCUCUCAAGUGAAGUUAAAGAUGCGUCAGCUUCUAUCCCUCCAUAUGACCAGCGGAUAUAUGCCGAUGCGAUUAAAGCUCUCCAGGACAAGCUCGCUGAAGUGCGAGCAAGCUUUGCGCCGCGAUCUAAAUUUUCCUUUAAAACCGCGCGCAAGAACCCUUCUGCGAUAUCCUUAGCAGAUGCUGCUGAGAUAGCGGCUCAGGGUCGUCGGCACAUUCCUGGAUACCGAUCCAACGAUAACUCGUUGCAGUCGUCUGCCAACCCGUCACCAAUUUCAUGUUCAACCCCCAUUAACGAUCGCAUGUCCUCUCGUCAACAACAAGCUUCGGCACCUCGUGAAACAUCUGAGUCAUCUGAUGAUUUACAUAAAGCGGAUGCCGAUAAUCCAAACACCUCCGUUUCUGUCUCAUCCGUUUCCAUCAGCUCCCAUACUGGUGUCCAUAUCGUGCUACCGACAGAUGCAUCACAUGCCACUAUACCUGCAUCGAUAACAUCACUACAGCAUUGCGUUGUGGACAUGUUAAUUCCCACCACGGAUGGGCGACGAUUUGCUGGUCUUGUGAUAAAGGGGGUUACCGAGAGUCUUCUCCUCUGCGGACAAGUGAAUGGCCCUGCGCAUAUUACCGGAGUCAAGCACAGCACUAUUGUGGUUUCCUGUCACCAAUUCCGCAUGCACGAUUGCUUAGACGUAGAUGUCUACCUAAGCUGCUCUAGCAAACCAAUCAUUGAAGACUGCAGAGAUAUCCGAUUUGGCAAAAUCCCCGAAAUUUAUACACCGAAAUCCUCAGAUGGCGCGCAGUCAAACUUCUGGGACGAGGUACAAGAUUUCAAAUGGAUUAAAGUGGAACAAAGCCCCAACUGGAGGAUCAUAAAAGAAAAUGAAAGAGUCCCAGAUGAUGUGUGGGCAACCAAUCUUUCUGGUGGACCCGGCGUAUCAGUAGACACUAUCUUAAAGGCGGUGAAGGUGAUCCGAUCUUGAAGUCAGCUAUCCAGAUCUCUCCUCGAGAGUGCCAGCAUUUUCGCAACACGUGGAUCGUUAGUAUCACCUGUUACGAGGGUUCAAAGGCCGACCGCCCUUAUCCGUAAGCAAAUAUACCUAGUUACGAAACGACAAGACAGACUCAAUAGAAGAAACGAGCGGUGACGCACCUAGUCUUUCGAAAGCGGCCAGGCGAAUAUACUCCUCCCAGAAAUGGCCCAUAAGUCAAAAAGCGUCCGCCUUCCGCCAGCUCACUGGUUGGAUAAAGUUCGCCAAUAGCUAGUUUACAAAAGAAAAAGAAAAAUAUUUGGCAUUUCUGACCUCAAUUUGGGCUAUUUGGCCUUCUUCUGUUGCAUGUAUAUAUCUCCAGACUAGAAUAUGUUGAUAUCAGUACUCUCUUUGUUGUUUUUGAGAACUUAACAUCAAGUCGCAGUACAACGGAAUAACAUCCUUACGCCUGUCUGCUUUGUUUUAAUUAGGAAUAUAAUAUAUGCCUGGGUAUGCUUGCUUGGAGUGAGGUGUAAUCAACAUACCUGCCUGCUAGGUAUGCUUAUCCCAGUUACACCUCCCUUGGAACUGCUUGACUUCAAUUGUUCUGCGGAAGAGGCAGCAUGAUAUACACAAGUCCACUUCACAUCUUUGGAUCUCAAUUUAUAGAAUGCUGAUUGACAUCUGAGUAUUCAUCCCUGAGUAACUCAGUGAUGAGGUUAUUCUCUGAAAUCCUUCAGUAAUUUUCAAAACUGGAAAUGAUCUGCUCUUAUCAUCAACCUACAACCUACAACAGGAAAGAGGAAAAUAUUAUCAAA